AAGGAAAUGGCCAUUGUUAACCGACCACAACUGCUCGCUCCAUUGAUUUAGCCGGCAGACAUUCGAGUGCGGAUUAUUCAGCGAGUCAGUCAAGCUACCCCGUCAUUAUGUUAUACGUGACAAACCGCGCAUUGUUUACCUUAGAGAGAACAAAGCAUCGCGUUUAACGUGGGCUCGUAUAUGUGUAGGGGGUUCGUUGUAUCAUUGAUUGGAACCGAUAGUGACAAAGAAUCCCCUGGGUUUUGGACGUAUGUGGGGGAUUCGCACAAAAAAGUACGCGUAUCUGUAUCCCACAAUGCAACUUUGCGCGCAUCUGCUCAUGCGCACUUGAGGCCAGCGUGUCCUCGACGGUUAACGCGAGCGCUGAAUAUCAGUGAAUAAGUCGCUCCUUUUUGUAUGAAAAACGCGUUAGAGGAUCUACUAAGUGACACAAAUGGCUGAGGUAAAGAACAAAGAUUUGAUUCUCGAGACGAUCGACCAGCUACGGAAGCGUAAGGCGAGACCAGACAUUGAGCGAAUAUGUCACAUGCUGGGCCGUAAACAUGGGCUAAGUUCCGAGGAGAUCGAAGCCGACCUAGAAAAGCUGGUGGACGCCGAGGUCGUGAUCAAGGUAGAUUACAAAGGCAACUAUAGUUAUCGCAACGCCGCCAAAUGGAGAAAAAGCCACUUAGGAGGGCACGUUUUAAACUCUAACGAAGCUAGCCUGAAGAUCCAAAAAGCUGUGAGUGCGUUGACUCAGCAAGAUGGAGAGGGAAGAAAGGGGGCGGAUAUUCACGAAAUUGAGCAGUGGAUACAGAAACAGUAUCUCGGGACAGACUCGCAUUUAAUGAAAAGUCAGCUACAAAUAGCCUUGAACAGAGAGGUAGACACUGGAUAUCUCGAAAAAUUACCUAAUGGGAGAUAUGUCCGAAGCGGCUCGACGAAAAAAGCAAAGGUUUUGUCAACUGCGUCUCCCACAAAUGCGGCCUCCCCUGCGACGGCGCCUCCGCUGGUCUCACCAGGGUCAUCAGGUGGAAAUCCAAAAAGUACUCCAGGAAAAUCGGUUACGCCUAGCAAGCGUGGACGGCCUGCUAAGAGAAUGCGUUUCAAGAAAAGCCAUGGUCCAGAUUUUGAAACUUUUGAGCCAAAAAUCAAACACGAGAGGAAAAGUGAAGAGAGGUGUGACUUUUGUCUCCUCCCGCCGGAGUACAACCGACAGGGCGAGGCUGAGGACCUGCUCGUCUGCAAGGAUUGCAGCGCCAAAGCACACCCAUCAUGUAUGGACUACUCACCAGAACUUGCCCGUCGCGCGAGAAACUCUCCUAUUGGCUGGCAGUGCAUCGACUGCAAGACCUGCAUCGUCUGCGACGACUCCGGGGAUCCGGACAGCAUGCUAUUUUGUGACGCUUGCGAUAAAGGGUAUCACAUGAAAUGCCACGACCCGCCAUUGUCACAGAAACCCAAAGGCAAGUGGGCUUGCACUACUUGUUUAGAGGACGGCGUAGGCAAGGACGUCUUGGGCGCCGCUAGUUCCAGCGAAAGCGAGCGUAACGAGCAGACAGAAGGGAACGGUCCCUCAUGCCUGCCUACCCCCAGUGACUCGCCAGUGUCAGUGGAGCCGCGCCAUAACCAACUUAACCAGGCGGAACAGGUGGUAGCCAUGGAAGUACCGGAGUCGUUUGGCGCAGAUUCAGUGCAAGCUCCGGCCCAGCUCCCGCUCACAGUGGCCCAGACCCCAUCUCCGCUGAAAGCGGUGACAGCGGACACAGACGCCGCUGGACAAGACGCAUCGCGAUGGACCAUAGAGGACGUGGCCAAAUACUUCAAGAAGGCGGGCUUCGCAGAGCAGGCGGAAUGUUUCAUGGAGCAGGAAAUAGAUGGCGCCUCCUUACUGCUGAUGAAAAGGAGUGACGUACUCACUGGGCUGUCAAUCAAGCUUGGACCCGCCCUCAAAAUCUACAACCUCAUCACACAGCUGCAAACGAACGUGUAAAAAUGGGAUCUGCUCGCACUAACGUGUCGCAGACGCUAAAUGCAUUCCACUUAUUUUAUAAUCCUGAUUUAACGAACAGGCCUUAAUUUAUUUCAGUAACAGAAAUUACCGUAUUUAGUGUUUCUAAGAUAAUGCAGAGAUUUGGUAAUGAAUUCUGCGCAAUCUUUGUCGGCGCAUGUGAAUAUAUCUUAUUAGAAACUUCGAGUGGUAUGCAAAUUAUUUCCCUUGCAUUAAUGACUUAGUAAAAUUUUCUGUGAUGAUUUUAGCCAUCGGAAUCGUAAUUCCCCC